UAUAGUUUCACGUCUCUCCAUCUAUGCCGGCCAUAUCUUUCAACAAUCAACGCUCAAGUUUUUUUUGUUGAUAAAUAAUUGCCAUGGAUUUGAGUUCAAUCGUAGCCCCUUAUCGGUAUCAUUUCCAUGUGUUUGUUAACAACGCUAUUCUCAAUGGCGUUGAAAAUCGUCCGGCGAAUGCCUUCUUCAUUCAUUUUACUGUCCGGAAUACAACUAACCUUCACUAUAUUUCCCGUCAAACCAACAUGUGGGCCUUUCACCGUAAUCUAAACGAAGAUCCACACUUUACAAAAAACCUCAUACUUUCCGCAAACAAUAUGCUUUGUGACUUGAGCACAAGCUUCAAUGAGGUGGCUAUGGUGCUCGCAGAAGCUGCCAUUCCCGCCUCGGAGCACGCUUGCAUUGUGGAAAAACUCAACUCCACCGCCAUGGCGGUGGCUCGACGGUUGGGCAACCUUGAGGACGCAACCAUCCCUCUUGUUGUGUAUAUUUCCAAGUCACACUUCCAGAUCAUCGAAGAUCCCUUCCAAUCCAACUUGGAAGAGUAUGUGAACAACCAGUGGGCAGCGGCAGACAGAGACAGAUUUGAGGAGUUUGAUUAUAACGAGGAAGAGGAAAAUGAGAUUGAUGAUGAACUGGCAAGGUUAGCGAUAGAUAAUGAGGAGGAUUACAAUAUUUCUAAUGCAACCGAGUCUUCAAUCGCUACACUAGAGAAGGUGAAGUCCACCGAAAAAGGAGAAUGUGCGAUCUGCUUGGAAGAUAUGGAGGUGAACGAAAUGGUGACUCGCAUGCCUUGCGAUCACAAGUUUCAUGGAGAUUGCAUUGUGCAGUGGUUGGGAAAGGGACAUGUCUGCCCCUUGUGCCGUUUCGAAAUGCCGGUGGCCACCACCGUUGCCGCAAUGGAUGGUCAUCCUACCGCCUAGUUAGGGAAAUUUCAAAAUGCAUUAUCCUUUAAUUAUGUAUUUAUUUAGUAUUUUGGUCAUGCAAUUUGUUUUUUGUUGUAUGUGCAAUUUGUGUUAUAGACAAUCAGUUUUCAAUUUUAAUUAUGGGUUUAUUUACUAAUUUGGUUGUGCAAUUUGUCAUUUUUUUGCACAUUUGCAAUUUGUGUUAUAUAUAAUCAGUUCUUGGUAAGGUA